AUGCGUUCCCUCUCGCUGGCAUGCGGCUCCAGUAACGAUAGAGCCAUACCCUCUGAUGCUCUGGAACCAAUUGCUAUCGUUGGCCUAGCCACUCGCUUUCCGCAACAAGCAACGACCACCGAGAGUCUGUGGGAGCUACUCCUACAGGCCCGCUCGACAUGGUCAUCGAUACCCAAAAAACGUUUCAACUCAGACGCCUUCUAUCAUCCAGACCCUGAGCAUGGUGGAACGUUUCAUGUCCAAGGAGGUCACUACCUCUCAGAAGACCCCGCCUACUUCGAUGGCUCCUUUUUCAACAUUACAAAGAAUGAGCUCUUGACAUUGGAUCCGCAGCAGCGACUGGUACUGGAAAAUGUGUACCACGCCUUGGAAAAUGCAGGCAUUCCAUUGACUAGCGCUGUUGGCUCAAACGCAUCGGUCUAUGUCAGUGGAUUCAACCAUGACUACCUGGGUAUCCUCAAUUCAGACCCUGAGACCACUUUAAAAUACAAACCCACAGGUGUCACCAAUGCUAUUCUAUCCAACCGUGUCAGCUGGUUCUUUGACUUCAAAGGACCUAGCAUGACCAUUGACACGGCUUGUUCCAGCAGCUUGGUGGCGCUGCAUCUCGCUGUACAGAGCCUACGUACCAGAGAGACGAACAUGGCUGUCGUCAGUGGUGUGAGCAUUCUUGAAAAUCCCGUGGAAACCAUCGGCAUGAGCCACCAUGGUCUGUUGGGACCUCAAGGGCGGUCUUUCAGCUUCGACUCCCGUGCCGAAGGCUAUGCGCGAGGCGAAGGUGUAGGCACAGUUGUAGUAAAGCCUUUGAGUGCCGCCAUCAGAGAUGGUGAUACAAUUCGUGCGGUUAUUCGGGAGACCGGGGUCAACCAGGAUGGCCGCACGCCAGGAAUCACGGUUCCCAGUUCAGACGCACAAGAAAGAUUAAUCCGUGAGGUCUACUGGAGAGCCGGCCUGAAUCUUGAAGACACAAGCUUUGUUGAAGCCCACGGCACGGGAACAAGCACCGGUGACCCAAUCGAAGCCGCGGCUCUUGCGAGAGCAUUCAAAUGUCACCGAGAGACUCCGCUUUAUGUCGGGGCGAUCAAAUCUUCCAUUGGGCAUCUAGAAGGUGCCUCGGGCGUGGCAAGCAUUAUCAAGUCUAUUCUAACGCUUGAAACUGGGAUCAUACCUGCAAACUUUGAUAUGAAGAAGACAAAUCCCUCCAUUCCCGCAGCGGACUGGAAUAUUGCAUUCCCUACUGAGGCUAUUCCAUGGCCAUCAUCAGGGCUGCGAAGAGUGUCAGUCAACUCAUUUGGAAUUGGUGGCACCAAUGCUCACUGCAUUCUUGAUGACGCUUACCACUAUCUGAAUGACCGCCGUCUUACAGGUGCUCACCGCACCACAUCUACUGUCCCCACAGUCCAGAAAAUCAGGAGCCAGCUCUUGGCUCUGUCUCGAUCAGGAAAUGAAUCAAAUGAUAUUGCGACGGAUUCAUUCGAUGACAGCGAUCACUCUGGGCCUGGGGACACAUUUGUGGACACACCCACAAGCGAUGGCUUUUGUGCAUCACCAACCUUCACGUCUUCCACAUACACCAGCUUGGUCGAGAAGCCAAAGGUGUUCUUGCUAUCGGCUUUCGACGAAGAUGGCGUCAAGCGGAACGCAGCUGAAUUUGCCAAGUACUUGACAUGGAGAACGACGCAGUCGGCUCUCCACGACCAUCUCCUUGAUGAUCUCUCCUUCACCUUGUCAAAGAAACGAUCCCAGUUUGCCUGGAAGAGUUUCGUCAUGGCGUCCUCCGUCACAGAACUCGCAUGGAACCUAUCUGAAUCGAAUUUUCCCAAGCCAACCAGAACUGCUAGAGUGCCAGAGGUUGAAUUUGUUUUCACUGGCCAGGGAGCUCAAUACCAGGCCAUGGGCCGAGAGCUCAUGGUCUACCCCGUUUUCCAAGAUUCCGUAGAGGAAGCAUCGGACUAUAUCCGCCGGCUUGGUAACGAACUCUUGACUGAAAGACAGACACCCCGAGUCAACUUGCCCGAGAUCGCUCAUCCGUUGUGCACAGUCUUGCAAGUUGCGCUUGUGGAUCUCUUGGCCAGUUGGGAAAUCUUCCCCAAACAUGUAACGGGGCACUCAUCCGGCGAGAUAGCUGCCGCUUACUGCUCUGGCAAACUGUCCCGCGAAGGCGCCUGGAAGGUUGCAUACUAUCGUGGAUACGUAUCAUCCAAGCAGCUUUCCGCAAAUGGAGCGAUGAUGGCCGUGGGUCUGGGUGCAUCACAACUGCAGCCUUAUAUCGAUUCUGUGAAGAAGGACAACACCGGGGAGCUCAUCAUCGCUUGCCGCAACAGUCCCAAGAACAACACUGUGUCUGGAGACGAUGCCAUGAUUGAUUGCCUCAAGAAUCUUCUCGAUGCCGAUAGCAUCUUUGCUCGAAAGCUAAACGUCAAGAAUGCUUAUCACUCGGCCCACAUGCAUGCCAUUGCUGAGGAUUACCUUCGUCUGAUGGGAACGCUUCCUUAUGGAAGGCGACUCGCAGCUCCACACCAAGUGCAUAUGUUUUCCACUGUCACAGGACAGCAAGUCAAAGAGGAACAUCUUCCUGCUCAAUACUGGGUGGAUAAUAUGGUUUCUCCUGUUCUUUUCACAAGUGGUUUGGUUGCAAUGACCUCAAGAUCAAUUUCCAGUCAUGGCUCGACCAAUUCCACGGAUUCUUUGCGCCUUAUUGUGGAAGUAGGGCCUCACUCAACCCUGCAGAGUGCCAUCAAAGAGACACUGGCGUCAAAGAGCCCCAAGUUGGAAUUCAAGUACCUGGCUGUUCUUAAACGGACAGAUCAUAGCCUCAACACUCUACUCACUACAGUUGGAUUCCUAGCUUCAAGUGGAUGUGAACUAGACUUUCACGCUGUGAAUCAAGCUCCUCGCUCUAAGGCAAGAAGACGACCCAGACUGAUGGUGGACCUGCCACCAUACAGCUUCAAGCAUACCGAGAAGAUUCUGUUUGAGAGUCGACUGAGCAAGAAUCUUCGAACUCGAAAGUUCCCUCGUCAUGAUCUCUUUGGCGCACCAAUCACGGAUUGGAAUCCUACUGCUCCCAGAUGGAGACAUUUUGUCCGAUUGAAUGAGAACCCCUGGUUAAGGGAUCAUAUGUUGGCUGGCGAGGCAAAGAUCACAGGGUUCCAACUACGAAAAGUCAACAUCCGAAGAGCCUUGAUUGUCCCCGAUACCAAAGAAGGAAUUGAAGUCUCCUUGGCAAUGGCAACUGUCGAAGACUCCUCGAAAUCAUCGCAAACGUGGCGCCAAUUCCAAAUAACUUCCUACAACGCAUCGAGCGACGAGUGGACAGAACACUGCACUGGUCACAUCACCGUCGACCACGAAACAGCUCUUGACCCAGUGGACAAUGGCCGCGAAGCAGAAGAAGAAAGCCGAGCUUUGGGAUCUGAACUUUUCCGCGCAAAUGAGACAUGUGCCAAGGUCAUGGCCUUCAAAUCCACAUACAACAACCUCCAGACAUCCGGCCUCAAUUUCGGUCCUUUGUUCCGGAACCUUACAAACGUUCGUGCAAGUGGGCGUGGGCUUGGUAAAGUUGUUGGAUCAGUGACGGUCCCGGACAUUGCACAGUCUAUGCCAAAGCGGUAUCUACAUUCUCAUCUCAUCCACCCUGCCACAAUGGAUAGUAUGAUCCACUUGAUGAUUGCGGCUGUUCUCGACUUUACCAACAAGUCCACCCUGGAUCAGAUCAGAUUGCCAACUUUCGUACGCGAUGUCUGGGUUUCAGCAGAUCUGAAUUCAACCCCAACGCACAAAUUCACAGGACAUGCAACCGUGUCUAUGGUGGGAUCUGAUAAAUUUGAGGGCCAAAUCCAGAUGUUCGAUGAGGGAACAAACACACCUCGCAUCCGCAUGAACGGCAUCGAGCUCACUCCACUGGAGUCUGGUCUUGCCGAAAGUAGUGAGCGAAAACUGUGCAGCGCGAUUGAAUACAAGCCUGAUCUCCAUUUCCUCGACUCCAAAUUCGCCUGUGCACUGACUUCUCUCGAUGCCACCAAUAACACCGAGGCUUUGUACUGGGUCAGGCGCCUUCAGCUUGUAACGAUGCUUUACGUCGUGGAUGCACUGGACGAGCUCAAGGACAUUGAUGUUAUGAAACUAGAUCUGCACAUGCGAAGAUUCUUUGGCUGGAUGGAGCAUAUGAGAGGGCUACUCGAGUGCAAUCAAAUAAUCCAUCUGCCCUACAGCGAAUUCCAGGAGGUUUUCGAGGAUGAGUCUCUCAAGGAAGCUAUUGAAAAGGAAAUGGAGGACCACAGUGCUGAAGGUGCCAUCACAGCCCGAAUGGGCCGCAACAUCGCCCAUGUUGUGCGCCAGGAGACUGAUCCGCUGGAUCUCAUGUUUGGUCAAGACAACGUGAUGGAACAAGUGUACAAGGAAGGCCUCCACUUGUAUAACCUGCCACAGCAUCUACAGAACCACUUGUCUCUCCUCCGUCACCAUCAUUCCCAACUGAACAUCCUCGAGAUCGGCGGGGGCACCGGCAGUUUUACUGCGGAAGUUCUAGCUGUUCUUUCACCAGACCCUGGGAAGAGGAAAGGCAACAUUGCCAGCUACACAUUCACGGACAUUUCGUCGGGCUUCUUCGAAAAAGCAAAACAGCGUUUCCAAGCAUGGUCUGACAUCAUGAACUUCCAAUCGCUCAAUAUCGAGCGAAGGCCAGUCGAUCAGGGACUCAAACUAGGGACAUAUGAUCUGAUAUUCGCUGGCAAUGUCAUCCACGCCACGGCAAACCUUCAGAACGCUUUGCAGAACCUACGAUCUCUAUUGAAGCCAGGUGGCCAGCUCAUCAUGCAGGAAGGAAUCCGACAAGAUUUCCUCUGGUAUCCACUUGUUUUUGGUCAGCUUUCCGGGUGGUGGCUGGGCGAUGAGCCAUGUCGUCAGUGGUGUCCGUACAUCCCGGCCAUUGAAUGGAAUUCUCUGCUGCUGAAAGCGGGGUUCUCAGGCAUUGAUAUUGAGUACCCCAGCUCGAACGAUCCAGAUUUGACAUGGCAGAGUAUUCUGGUUUCUUCUGCCAUCGAAAUACCCAAGGAGAAGUCACCGAAUACAGCGGUUAUCUUGACAAUCGAUAAAUUGGAAGGGGAGGCUAUUGAGAACCUCCGAGGAAUUCUACCAGAACUGGGAUAUAUGAAUAUUCUCGUUCAGGAGCCUGCGGAAUUGGAAACUUCUAUCCUGCAGGAUGCACUCUACAUCUCAUUGAUCGACUUGGAGUCUCCAUACCUAUUCGAUAUGAACGAGGUGGAAUACAGCAGACUCAAGAAGUUGCUUAGCGAGUGCCAAAACUUACUGUGGGUGACCAGAAAUCCCCUUUCGCAUCCACAUGCAAGUAUGAGCCUCGGUCUUCUCCGAACAGUGCGCUGGGAGAGAGAUGCCGAUGGCUCAAAUAUCGUCAUUUUGACAGAGGCGGAGCCGGGAUCGGAGAUCGCUUCGCCAGAGAAUCUUACUGCAGCCAUCGGCAAAAUUGUCAAACGUCAAUUCGUAGACAAGCCAGAGAAUGAUAGUCAUGCGGAGUACAUGUUGCAGAAUGGUCUCAUCCACAUUGGCCGUUUGAACGAGUGGGAGGCUGCGGAUCAGUUCCUGGCUGCACAGUCCUCUCAGCAAGCUCCUCAGCUUCAACGCCUCCGGGAUUAUCAUACUCCCAUUCAGUUACACGAGGCCGCUAUUAGCACCGGUGAAUGCCACUGGGUCAUUGAUACACAGCAUGAAGAAUCAUGUAAGGCCACUGAGGUCGAGAUUGAGAUCCGAGCAAUUGGCCUUUCUUCAGAUAUUUCCACCGGCCACCUGGUGAAUGAGAUUGCCGGUGUCGUGAGCAAGGGUGGUUCCGUCCGAACUCAUGGUCGAACUGAUCAGUCGCAACUCGUGAGAGUCCCUGAUGAUAUCUCGUUCAAAGUUGCCGCCGGUUUGGCUUGGGCAUACGUGACAGCAAUCCAAGGACUCAGGGAGAUUGCUCAUCUGGCACCCGAAAACACUAUUCUGAUCCAUACCAGUGCAACGGAUAUCAGUCAAGCGGCCAUUCAGUAUGCCCAGAUGAUUGGAGCUACAAUCUACGCUACCGUGGGAACGGUCGAAGAACGUGAUCUGCUUGUCUCUGACUACGGUAUCUCUCAAGGCCGUAUCUUCUCUAGAAGGGAUCUGAGCUUUGUCAAGGGUAUCAUGCGGUGCACACAAAAUACCGGGGUUGACGUCGUCUUCAAUGCACUGAGCGGCCAGGCACUGCGGGGAUCAAUUGCAUGCCUUGCUCCAUUUGGGGCAUUUAUUGAUGUGUCGAAUCCAGAUCUGCGAGCCGAUACCACAGUCGAGCUGACCUCUUUGCCUCGCAAUGUGAGUUUCCACACAGUCGAUAUUCUUUCGCUGGCUCAGCAUCGACCAAAAUGGGUUCGUCUUCUGCUCAUCGAGGUACUGAGAUUGUACUCCGAAGGCCAGAUCGGCCAACUUCGAACAACAUCUGUCAUGGACUUCACUCAGAUCAAAGAGGGCAUUCGAGCUGCGCAGAGCGGAAAAGCAGCGAAAGUUGUGAUUGCGCCUAAUCCGUCCAACGUGGUCCCUGUGAUCCCACGACCACUCUCGCCAUGUCACUUUGACCCAUGCGCCUCGUACGUUCUUGCUGGUGGCUACGGCGGCUUGGGUCGUAGUUUAGCACGAUGGAUGGCAUCCCGGGGUGCAACGAGCCUCAUCAUCCUAUCCCGCUCAUCGGCUUCCAGUCCAGAGAAAGUGGAAUUGAUUGCCGAUCUCGACAAAAUGGGAUGCGAGGUCCAUUCCCUCGCCUGCGAUGUCGCCGAUAUCUCUAGCCUGCAGCAAUUAUCAGGACAUAGCUUUUCGAAUCUACCUCCCAUCAAAGGAUGCAUUCAGGCAUCCAUGGUACUACGAGACGGCGCCUUCGCCGGACUCUCCUUCGAAGACUGGCAAGCAGCCAUCAAACCCAAAGUCCAAGGCUCCUGGAACCUGCAUAAAGUCCUACCAUCCAACAUGGACUUCUUCAUCAUGCUCUCCUCCGUCGCAGGCAUAUUCGGCAACCGCGGACAAUCAAACUACGCCGCAGGCAACACCUUCCAAGACGCACUGGCGGCAUACCGCGUGUCGAAGGGCAUGCAUGCCGCCAGUAUAAACCUAGGCAGUGUAUCCAACGUUGGCUGGGUGGCGGAGAACCGAAGCUCGAUGCGCACGCACACAGCAACAUUAUUCGAACUUCUCCGCGAAGAAGAAGUCCACGCAGCAGUCGACUUCCUCAUCCGCGACCAGCAGGACGGCGGUAAUGCGUCGUCGAGCUCACAGCUCGUCCUCGGUCUUCCGACUGCGGAGAUGUGUCGUCAGAACGCUGUGCCGCUGCCCAGUUACCUGGAUUACUCGAUGUUCACGCACUUCCGGAACACGAUGACGGCGAAGAGUAGUGAGGUGGCGCAGCAGAAGACUGUUAGUAUUGCUGCGCUUUUGUCGGCUGCUUCGGGUGUCGAGGGUGCUGUUGCUGUUGUGUCUGAUGGGAUUGUUGAGAGACUUGCUUCGCUGCUUGCUGUUUCUUCUUCGGAAAUUGAUCCUCGGCGCUUUGGCUUUGGGGGAUUGAUUCCCUUGUUGCUAUGGAGUUCCGGGCGUGGAUUGUUAAGGAGCUUAAGGCUGAGGUUUCUUUGCUUGAUGUUAUGGGGGCGGAGAAUAUUAGGGCUUUGA